AAGCCCUAGCUCGGUCUCGCGCUAUGCAGGCUAGGGUUGCUCAUCUCGGCGCUGGCUUGGCGGGCGCUAGCACCGCGGUUGACCGCGGGAUCUCCAGGCUCCCUUCCCUGGCCAUAUCCGUGCCGAUCGGGAGGCGCCGGGAGAAUGCAGGGAAGAUUUCGGCCGUGGCGGACAAGGCCGGAGAAGCAACCGAUCGGAGCGUCACUCAUCCUGUCUCGUUCUCCAUUUGCCAUAACGUUCAAGAGGGUGAAACGUUAACUUCCAUAGCCCGCCAAUACAGCACUUCUGUGCAAACUAUCGCUCUAGCAAAUAAGAUUGACGACAUUGAUUUGCUACAAACUGGUCGCGUCUUGCUAGUGCCUGUCCAACCGAGAGUGUUCCAAAAGGUUGCUGCUUUGGUCAUCCAGGACACACCAUCGACCUCGGAAGAAAUUAUCAGCACUGUUGCACAACCACGGUCACCUGUUCCUCCAUGGAUGGUGUCAGGAUUUCCAAACUUCGUAAGCUUCACGGCUCCGUUACUCUUGCUGGUUCCGGUUGUGCUUCUUGGCUUUCGAAAACUCCUACAAGAAGCGCAGAACAGAAUAAAAGUAGAAGUCUCUAGGACGCAAGCUGAGAAAGAGCUGUGGGAUGUACAACGCCGUCCACGACUUCAUCGCUGGCAAAGGAUCCUCGACGGCGAUAGAGAAUCCGAAGUGGCUGUUCCGGGUGAUGGACAGCGGCUGGAGGGAGCUGAGAGUGAGACAGAAGAGCAGAGGAAAGCACGAGAAGAGGAAGAAUUACGCAAGUCUUACGCUGAACUCGAGGCAACGUACAUGCAGUUCCUUGCAGACAGUGGACUGUCUCGGUCUGGGUAUUGGCGCGGUGGAAUGCCUUCGUCUUCACACCACGAUGGGUAACUUUCUGCCAUUAUUUGUAAAUUACGCUCGUGUAACAUAGCUCUGAACUCCAGGUGCUUGAUAUAGACA